AUGGGGGCACUGGCAUGGUUUCAGGAAGAGGAGUUCGACUGCCUUGCAAGCCCCCGGGCCCUGCAGGUCGGGAAGAAGAUGAGCUGGACGCAUGCGUGGGUCAGAGUGGACCACAAGCUGGCUGUUUGGCCCCUGCUGGCCCUCAGUGUGCCUGGGGUGGGAGACCGCUUCUCACUUGGGCUGGCGGUGCUGGCCCUUCGGGGAGGGCGUGCCUGGUGGGGCGGCCUCACGCCCUGCCCCUCGCAGUGGGUCCUGGCCUUCGAGAUCUUCAUCCCCCUGGUCCUCUUCUUCAUCCUGCUGGGGCUGCGGCAGAAGAAGCCGACCAUCUCUGUCAAAGAAGGUGAGGCCGUCUACCGCCUGCUCUUUGUCCCUUCGCCCGCCCUGGACGCGGAGUCAGUCCUCCCCCGGGGUCCGGAGCCGUGGGGCCGCCUGCAGACCAGCUCCCUGUCCCGGUUGGAGGUGAGGGGCUGUCGGUGGGAGGAGGGGCUGCUGCCUGCUGCUGGCACCAUCGAGCCGGAGGCGCUGCGCAGCGGCAACAUGAGCUCUCUGGGCUUCACGAGCAAGGAGCAGCGGAACCUGGGCCUCCUGGUGCACCUCAUGACCAGCAACCCCAAGAUCCUGUACGCGCCCGCGGGCUCGGAGGCCGACCGCGUCAUCCUCAAGGCCAACGAGACCUUUGCCUUUGUAGGCAACGUGACCCACUACGCCCAGGUCUGGCUCAACAUCUCGGCGGAGAUCCGCAGUGUCCUGGAGCAGGGCCGGCUGCAGCAGCACCUGCACUGGCUGCAGCAGGUGGGGGCGCUGGGCGGGGGGAAAACUGGAAGUGAAGGUUUCGCUAGAGAGAAAAAAGGAAGAAAGAAUUCACCUAGAAAAGGUGCCUGUGGCUGGAUCCAGUUCAUGUCCAAGGUGAGCGUGGACAUCUUCAAGGGGUUCCCCGAUGAGGAGAGCAUCGUCAACUACACCCUCAACCAGGCCUACCAGGACAACGUCACCGUGUUCGCCAGCGUGAUCUUCCAGACGCGGAAGGACGGCUCCCUGCCGCCCCACGUGCACUACAAGAUCCGCCAGAACUCCAGCUUCACCGAGAAAACCAACGAGAUCCGCCGGGCCUACUGGAGGCCGGGCCCCAACACGGGCGGCCGGGGCCGGGGCUGGCUGACAGCCGUGACUCCCCUGCCUAGCUUCCUGGUGUCCGUGCUGUAUUCCAAGGCCAAGCUGGCCUCGGCCUGCGGCGGCAUCAUCUACUUCCUGAGCUACGUGCCCUACAUGUACGUGGCGAUCCGGGAGGAGGUGGCGCACGACAAGAUCACUGCCUUCGAGAAGUGCAUCGCGUCCCUCAUGUCCACCACCGCCUUCGGCCUGGGCUCCAAGUACUUCGCCCUGUACGAGGUGGCGGGCGUGGGCAUCCAGUGGCACACGUUCAGCCAGUCGCCCGUGGAGGGAGACGACUUCAACCUGCUGCUGGCCGUCACCAUGCUGGUGGUGGACGCUGUGGUCUACGGCGUGCUCACCUGGUACAUCGAGGCCGUGCACCCAGGUACCACCGACCCUGGGGAGGGCGACAUCCGGACCGAGAUGGACGAGAUCCGCAAGAACCUGGGCAUGUGUCCGCAGCACAACGUGCUCUUCGACCGGCUCACGGUGGAGGAGCACCUCUGGUUCUACUCGCGGCUGAAGGGCAUGGCCCAGGCGGAGAUCCGCAAGGAGACCGACAAGUGGGUGUGGGGGGCGUGGCUGCAGGCGCAGGACAGUGAGGUCCCACCUUUGCUGGCACAUGCCCCGUGCCAGGGCUGGUGGCUGAAGGUGCGCCAGUUCCACGGGCUCCUGGUGAAGCGGUUCCACUGCGCCCGCCGCAACUCCAAGGCGCUCUCCUCCCAGAUCCUGCUCCCCGCCCUGUUCGUCUGCGUGGCCAUGACCGUGGCCCUCUCCGUCCCCGAGAUCGGUGACCUGCCCCCGCUGGUCCUGUCGCCCUCCCAGUACCACAACUACACACAGCCCCGCGGCAACUUCAUCCCCUACGCCAACGAGGAGCGCCGGGAGUACCGGUGCUGCCUCCUCCCCCGCAGGCUGCAGGGCACGGACGUGGUCAUCGCCAUCUUCAUCAUCGUGGCCAUGUCCUUCGUGCCGGCCAGCUUCGUGGUCUUCCUGGUGGCCGAGAAGUCCACCAAGGCCAAGCACCUGCAGUUCGUCAGCGGCUGCAGCCCCGUCACCUACUGGCUGGCCAACUACGUGUGGGACAUGCUGAACUACCUGGUCCCGGCCACCUGCUGCAUCAUCAUCCUGUUUGUGUUCGACCUGCCGGCCUACACGUCGCCCACCAACUUCCCUGCCGUGCUCUCUCUGUUCCUGCUCUACGGAUGGUCCAUCACCCCCAUCAUGUACCCAGCCUCCUUCUGGUUCGAGGUCCCCAGCUCGGCCUACGUGUUCCUCAUCGUCAUCAACCUUUUCAUCGGCAUCACGGCCACCGUGGCCACCUUCCUGCUGCAGCUCUUCGAGCACGACAAGGACCUGAAGGCCGUCAACAGUUACCUGAAGAGCUGCUUCCUCAUCUUCCCCAACUACAACCUGGGCCACGGGCUCAUGGAGAUGGCGUACAACGAGUACCUCAACGAGUACUACGCCAAGAUCGGCCAGUUUGACAAGAUGAAGUCCCCGUUCGAGUGGGACAUCGUCACCCGGGGGCUGGUGGCCAUGGCGAUGAUCACCGUGAGGACCAAGAGCAGCCAGAACGUGAAGGACGUGGUGCGAUUCUUCAACCGGAACUUCCCCGAGGCUGUGCUCAAGGAGCGGCACCACACCAAGGUACAGUACCAGCUGAAGUCGGAGCGCAUCUCGCUGGCCCAGGUGUUCAGCAAGAUGGAGCAGGUGGUGGGCGUGCUGGGCAUCGAGGACUACUCGGUCAGCCAGACCACCCUACAACAAGUGGGCGAGGACCUGGACACGGAGGACGAGGGCCUCAUCAGCUUCGAAGAGGAACGGGCCCAGCUCUCCUUCAACACGGAUACACUCUGCUGACCGCCGGGCGCCGGCUCCGGACACGCCGGAGGGGACAGAACUCAGGAGGGAACAGAACUGGGCCCGGUGCCCGCCCAGCAGGCCCUGGCGUGGGAGGUCCGGGACCAAGGGCUGGGCCAGGGCUGCCCUCCCGUCAUUGUGCCAAAGGCUGG